AUGAAUCAAUACCACAAUACUCUGCAGCUGACAGCACUAACCACCAAAGUCCUGAUCCGACGCGAAAAUAGAAAACAUGUGUGCGGCGAGCGACCCGUGAAGGGGUUAAUUACCUCAUGCUUGGCUGCUGGCGCCGAUUGCGCCGUGGCCGCCUCGGCCAUGGAGAAACUUGUUGGCGCGAGGAACAGCAUCAGCAUGCGGAUCAACGCACCGAACGAGAUGCCUGUUACCCUGCAGCCGUUCACGGCCGAGGUAUUCUAUACUGUCCGCAGUGACAAUGCCGUGACCGUUGCGGUGCUGUCCCAGCUCCUCUUUGACUUUCAGCAGCGAAGCGCAUGGCAAGACGUGCGUUCUGCCCUCACCACUGGCGUCGUCGUGGAACUCUCGUCUGAGGAGCCGGCUGCAUCCACAAAGCGUCCAACGCGUCAGCUGUCCACCAGCCAAGCCAAGCUUAUCAGCAAGCCGUCCUUGAUCAGCAAGAGUGUCCUCUUGUUACCUUGUUACUCCAAAUCUGCCACCACCCAAAAUUCCUGGCUGGCCACCACCUUGGACCUGUCAAACGCGCCUCAUCUCAUUCCCCCCCUCCUCUUCGGCUCCCUCUCCAUAGUUACAUCCACGACGACCCAAAGGCAACCCACCAUCACCGAUUCACUCGAUAAUACUACCUACCUGCCCGACCGCACAAAACGACCGCAAGCGCACAAGCAAAAAAAGCACAGAAUCGGAAGAAAAAAAACUAUACGCUCAGCGACGAAGCGCAACCAUCGCAGGAAACGCCUUUAUAUCACACGCCCCCCUCCGUCGGGCGGCUCUACCCCUAUCGCUCCGAUGUGGUGGACAUUCAGCGUGCUCUUCAGCGCCGUCUUCCUCUUCACUAUUGUCCUGUCCAUCCCCGUCGCCUUUGACGUCGGCGGCCGGGACUCGGGCCUGGCCUACAGCCUCGCCCUCUUUGUCUACUAUGUCGCCUACUCGUCGCUCCGCAUCGCCGUCCCUGAGCGCUCGCGCUUCGCCUGGUCCGUCCACGCCUUCCUCCGCCUCUCCCAGUGGGUCGUGAUUCCGGCCCUGCUCAUCUGGGCCCUUGGCCAGUUCGCCAUCGACGCCCCCAGCAGCGCCGGCUGGGUCGAGCGCACCCUCGGCGGCGUCCUCCAGUCAGCCCGGCCCGCCGCCGUCUCGGCCUCGUGGUCCGACUACUUCUUUGGCAAGCAUGGCCUGCUCGAGACCGUCACCCUCGGCGUCUGGGACAAUAUUCUCCGCUACUCUGGGCCCAUCUUCCAGCUGCUCGAGGGCUUUUGCACCUUGCUGGUCAUCCAGGCUGCCGGCCAGAUUACGCGCUGGCUCGUGAACCGUGGACGCAGCGAUACCUGGGUGAUUGUUCUCCUCGUCUUCUCCGCCUCCAUCAUCGCCAGUGCCGUCUACUUUCUCUGGCGAGUCGCCCAGUUCCCCCAAAUUAGCAACUUUGAUGCCACCCUUAUUGGUGUCACCAUGACCACAGCUGUCUUUCUCUGCGCCUACGGUAUCGGGAGUGGACGCGGCAGUCCCGUCGAGUCGUCGCUGCUCUUUGCCUACGUCGUUCUUUGCGUCUACCAGAUCUUUACCGACUACAUGCCCUCCGACCAGGGAGCCAACCCCGACGACCUCGGUGUCUCCCAGCCCGAGUUUCCGCCUCUGCCGCCCAUCAUCAUGGCCUCGUACUCGACCGUCAUCCACCUCCUCAGCUCCUUGCCCAGCGCCAUGCACUCGUCGCUCGCCUUUCUCUACGCCGCCUUCCAGACGAUUACGCCGUCCGUCAUCAUCUCCCUCACGUACAGGCUCCUCGUCUUCUACUGCGCCACCCGCAUCAUCCCCUCGGUGCGCGACCUCGGCGCGAGAGCGCUGCUGCGAGACCCCGACUUUGACGACACGGAAACUUCCAGCGUCUUUCUGGGCAUCCUCAGCUGGUUCUCCCCGUCCAUCCUCGUGUCCGUCUACACCAGCUUGCUGCUCCAACACUUUUCCGCCAGCGAAGGGCCUGAUGGCUGGACGUUGCGCGCCGGGGACGCGGGCAGCAGCAACUGGCGCUGGAUCAAUGUUGGUCUCACCAUGGUCCUAUACGGUGUCGAGCUGUAUCUUGGCACUGAGCAACAAGACCAUUGGAAGGUGGACUAA